AUGGGCACGUGCGUGUCGCGGCCGAGCGCGUGCGUGGGGAAGCCCAGCACGCCGCGCUCCGGCGAGGCGGCGCGGGCCGGGGGGGCCUCCUCGCGCAGGCGCCGCCGCCGCGGGGGCAAGGGCCGGAGGAAGGCGCCCUCCCGCGCCGCCUCCAUGGAGACCAUCCAGGAGGCCGAGGGGCCCCCCGACCCCUCCGCCUCGGCCUCCGGCGACUGCCGGACCUACAGCAACCCGGCCUUCCAAGCAGUCACCGGGAGCAUGGAGGAGGCCUGGUACGACUCCUUCGCCAUCAGCGAGUCAGACGGCGAGGACGAUUUCCACAGCGUGCAAGAUGAUGCCUUUUCACUCAACGGCUUCGAGAACGAAGCCGCAUUGAGUAUGAGGGAUGCCAAUGGUGGGAGCUUCAACGGAGCUGAAGACCACCAUAGGAAGCCAAGGUCCAGUGAGCUGCCAAAGGGGAAUUUGGAGAACGGUGCGAGGCCCUCUGCUAGCCAUGAGGAUGGGGUGAGUGUUUCAGGUGGUGCUAGCCCAAAUAGUGGAGGGAUACUGGACAAUUGCGGUCUCCUGCCAAAUAACUGUUUGCCAUGUAUGGCCUCUGCUGUUGGUGUGAAUGAGAAGAAGAGGGCGCUUUCCACAAGCCCGACUCAUUCGAUGAAGAUGCCUUCGUUGAAGCUUUCCUUCAAGAAGAAGUCCGGGGAAGCCAACCCGUCGUCCACGCUAUUGUCUACAAAGGAUUUCCUUGAAAGGCCUCUAGCAGGUUCUCAAGUACAGUUAUGUUUGCUGGAAAAGAAAGUGCUGAAUAGCUGGUCUCAUAUUGAUCCUGGUACAUUCAGAGUCCGGGGAUCUAACUAUCUCAGGGAUAAAAAGAAAGAGCUUGCUCAAAAUUGUGCGGCGUACUAUCCAUUUGGAGUUGAUGUAUACUUAUCGCCGCAAAAACUCCAUCAUAUAUCUCGAUUUGUCAAGCUUCCUGAUAUUCAAACCUCCAGCAAACUCCCACCUCUUUUGGUGGUCAAUGUACAGGUUCCACUAUAUCCUGCUUCACUCUUUCAGAAUGAAACCGAUGGGGAAGGCAUGAGCUUUGUUUUGUAUUUUAGGCUUUCCGAAGGUUACUCAAAAGAGCUUUCACCCUUAUUCAUAGAGAAUAUCAGAAGGUUGGUUGAUGAUGAUGUAGAAAAAAUAAAAGGAUUUCCUAUGGAAACAAGUAUAUCAUUUCGGGAACGGCUGAAGAUACUUGGACGGGUGGCUAAUCUGGAGGACCUUCCUUUAAGUGCCGCAGAGAGGAAGCUAAUGCAUGCAUACAACGAGAAGCCUGUGCUUUCUAGACCUCAGCAUCAAUUUUUCCUGGGUGAUAACUACUUCGAGGUUGACAUUGACAUGCAUAGAUUUGGCUACAUCUCAAGGAAAGGUUUCGAGACAUUUCUGGACAGGCUAAAAAUAUGCAUGCUAGAUGUUGGGCUAACCAUCCAGGGAAACAAACCUGAAGAACUGCCUGAGCAGGUCUUGUGCUGUGUUAGGUUGAACGGGAUAGAUUAUGCAAAGUAUCAGCCCCUGAUGACAAACGGUGCCUGA